CCUCAAAGUAGGACUGAAAUUACUUCUCUCUCUCUCUCCUCGGUCCUCAAAGCUCGGCAUGGCGUUUUCGUCCUGGUUCUCCCGUUUACGUUUUUCCUCAAAACCCUUUUACGGCAACCUACGCCAUUCACUUCUCAACAGAAACACGACACAAACUUCACAAACUAGAGAAACACCCAUCUUUUCAUGGGGAUCCUCUUUGCUGCUUCCAUUAGCCCUAGCAGUCUCCGCUGGAUCACUUUCCCACCACACCCACACCAACCCUUCACUCUGCGACGCCUCCGAUGUCGAUCCUCGGGGUUUGAGCUUCGGGGGCAAAGGAAGCAAAGAUUACUUGGUGAAGGGUUCUCACAAGGAUAUCCCACAAGAGCUUGUUAAUGAGUUGAAGGCUAUUUGCCAAGAUGAUAUGACUAUGGAUUUCGAUGGGAGGUACUUUCAUGGAAAACCACCGAACAGCUUCCAUAAAGCAGUGAAUAUCCCUGACGUAGUAGUUUUUCCAAGGUCUGAAGACGAAGUGUCCAAGAUAGUCAAAUGUUGUAACAAGUAUAAGGUCCCUAUUGUACCAUAUGGUGGAGCUACAUCACUUGAGGGUCAUACUUUAUCACCUCAAGGAGGCGUUUGCAUUGACAUGACUUUGAUGAAAGGAGUGAAAUCAUUACAUGUUGAGGAUAUGGAUGUGGUUGUUGAGGCUGGGAUUGGGUGGAUUGAGCUCAAUGAGUACCUGGAGCCUUAUGGUCUAUUUUUCCCUCUUGAUCCUGGGCCAGGAGCAACCAUUGGGGGUAUGUGUGCUACACGUUGUUCUGGUUCUUUAGCUGUGAGGUAUGGAACUAUGCGAGAGAAUGUUAUCAACCUCAAGGCAGUUCUAGCCAACGGGGAUAUUGUCAAGACAGGAUCUCGUGCUCGAAAAAGUGCUGCAGGGUACGAUCUAACGCGCCUGAUGAUUGGAAGUGAAGGAACAUUAGGUGUGAUAACAGAAGUUACUUUACGCCUUCAGAAAAUUCCUCAGUAUUCUGUGGUAGCAAUGUGUAAUUUCCCAACAAUUAAGGAUGCAGCAAAUGUUGCUAUGGUAACUAUGUUGUCUGGUAUACAGGUGUCAAGGGUGGAGCUACUGGAUGAGGUUCAAGUGAAAGCUAUCAAUAUUGCUAACGGGAAAAACUUGCCUGAAGUCCCAACUUUAAUGUUUGAGUUUGGAGGCACAGAAGCAUAUUCACGUGAGCAAACGCUGAUUGUUCAGAAGAUUGCAGCUGAGCACAAUGGUUCGGAUUUCAUUUUUGCAGAAGAUCCAGAAGCUAAAAAGGAACUCUGGAGGAUAAGAAAGGAGGCACUUUGGGCUUGCUUUGCAAUGGAGCCUAGUUUUGAAGCAAUGAUAUCGGAUGUAUGUGUCCCCCUAUCGCAUCUUGCAGAAUUGAUAUCAAGAUCCAAAAAGGAGCUUGACGCAUCACCUUUAGUGUGCACAGUUGUUGCUCAUGCUGGUGAUGGAAACUUCCACACAGUGAUUUUGUUUGAUCCAAGCCAGGUGGAACACCGACGGGAAGCUGAGAGAUUAAACCAUUUCAUGGUGCAUACUGCUUUGUCAAUGGAAGGAACCUGCACAGGAGAACAUGGUGUUGGUACAGGGAAAAUGAAGUACCUCGAGAAAGAGUUCGGAACAGAGGCUCUCAGGACAAUGAAGAGUAUAAAAGCAGCUUUGGAUCCCAACGGCAUUAUGAAUCCAGGAAAGCUCAUACCUCCUCAUGUUUGUUUUUGAUCUCUGUCUGCUGUGGAUCCCAACGGCGUUAUGAAUCCAGGAAAAGCUCGUACCUCCUCAUGUUAGUUUUUGAUCUCUCUCUCUCUCUCUCUCUCUCACACACACACACACACACACACACAAAAAAGCUCUUGUAUUCACUGUCAGUUUCAAGUUGGCAGACCAGUUUAUUGCGUUAUGGGAGCGAAAAACCAGCCUCCAGUCGAUACGAACAUCAAGUGUGAGAAAGAACAUAGCUUGAACUUGUCUUGAUUAAUCUCUGUAUUUAUUUAAUAAACCUAUGACGAAGUUGUUCUGCAUUACCAAUUCAAUGACGGUGAGACGGCCAAGGUUAUUUCGUGCAAUUGAAUACAGUUAAUGUAAUCAAAUACUCGUAUGUUCUUUUAUCCUGGUAAUCCAAAACAAUGUCAUACACCUGCAGUUGAUUGA